AUGCGACGACCACGCGGACCUGCCAUUGGAACGCCAAUACCGCGCCUGGCCGACCACAAAACAUGCGCCCCCCCUGUGCACGCAGUUUCCUCCCCCCUCUGGCUCAGGUUUCGCGAUCGCGCGCGGCUUGACCACCACGCGGACCUCCCGGCGUGCCAACACCAAUCCCGCGCUGAGCUUCUCGCAAAACACGCGCACCCGCUCGGUCCCAACACCGCACCUCGCCCGACCCAAAUGCGCGUCCCCACUGCGCGCGCAAUUCGGCGCGCGUUCGCGGCCCCUCUCCACAGCACCUCGACCGCCGACACCCUCCACCACCUGCAUUCUCGCCAAUGCGACCACCACGCGGACCUGCCGUUGGAACGCCAAUACCGCGCCUGGCCCACCGCAAAACACGCAGCCCCGCUACGCGCGCCGCCACCUCGACUCUCUCCCUCACACUUCGCGACCGCGCGCGGCUUAACCAACACGCGGACCUCCCGGCGCGCGAAUCCCAAUGCCGCACCUAGCCCAUCGCACAAGAGGAGGGCUUUGGCAAGGGGAAACGGCAGACGCCUCUGCGAAUGA